AUCAUGGUACAAUCGAUUUCGAUUGUGGGAAAUUAUCGAUUACACAUAAUUUACCUCAUUACUAGCGUUAGUUGACAACUGGUUGCCAUGGUAACACACAGUUGUUUGGGCGCCGUAAACAAAUGAAACUCGGCUGCCAGAAUUUCAAACCAAAAAUUCACUAUUAUUUACGUAUCUAGUAAAAACCAAGUUUUAUUGUGAAAGUGUGAGAUAAGAUGCGUAAAGUAAAUUAAGAAGCUUUAUCUUAUCAGAAACUCGCAGUACAAACGUAGCAGAAUUUACAAACUUUACAAAUUACAUCCCAAUGAACCAAACGCAAAUUAAAAAAAAAGAUGACAAGAAAAAGGAUGGCACUAUACAAAAACCGGUGCAAAAGAAGAGUCCAGAUAAAAACAUGUCUGAAAUAGACGAGCAUAUACUAAAGAGGUUUGAAAUAAAAAAAAGACUUGGCAAAGGCGCGUAUGGUAUAGUAUGGAAAGCCAUAGAUAAAAAAAGUAAGGAUGUGGUGGCAAUCAAGAAGAUUUUCGAUGCCUUUCGCAACCAGACGGAUGCCCAAAGGACUUUUAGAGAAAUUAUUUUUUUACAGUCAUUUAGGAAUCACCCCAAUAUUGUGAAACUACAUAGUAUACACAGAGCUCUAAACAACCGUGACAUUUACCUCGGCUUCGAAUACAUGGAAACGGAUCUCCACAACGUGAUAAAACGAGGCAAUAUACUCAAGGACAUACACAAACGGUACAUUAUGUACCAGAUGUUGAAGGCGACCAAGUACAUACACUCAGGGAACGUCAUACACAGGGACCAGAAACCCAGCAACGUGCUUAUUGACAGCGCUUGUAGAGUCAAACUAGCAGACUUCGGGCUGGCGCGCUCAGUAUCGAGCCUGUACUCGGGUGGCGAGAGCGCAGACCCCUGUCUGACCGACUACGUAGCUACGCGCUGGUACAGGGCGCCUGAGAUACUUAUAGCUAGCCGGAAUUACACCAAAGGCAUCGACAUGUGGUCCCUCGGCUGUAUCCUCGGGGAGAUGCUGACAGGCCACGCAUUGUUCCCGGGCACGUCCACCGUCAACCAGGUGGAGCGUAUCAUGGCGGCCCUGCCACGGCCUUCACCAGAAGAUAUCGCUUCCAUUUGCAACGGCUACGGCUCCGCCCUCAUCCGCGAGCAAGCCUCCAGCAGCAGCGGCCCCACGCUCACCAACCUACUCUCCUGCGCUCCCAAAGACGCGGCCGACAUGGUGCAGAGGCUCUUGCUGUUCAAUCCGACGAAGAGACUGAGCGCGGAGAAGGCUUUGGACCACGAAUACGUUGCCAAAUUCCAUCGCGAGCGAGACGAACCCACGCUGCCUUCGGACGUGCUCCUCCCUCUCCGAGACGACAAGCAGCUCUCUGUGGACGAUUACAGGAACAAGCUGUACAGCAUCAUGGCUAAGGGCAACGGGCAUGCCGCUGCCAAGAAACACUCAAGCAACAAGACUCAUCCGCUAUCCCCCAACACAACGAAACCAAGUAAAAGCUACCACGACACUUCAGAACUCUCCAAAUCUUACCCGACCACCAAAUCCACCCUCAAACACAGUAUAUCCGCAGACCAGAAGACCAGACCGAAGCCCAAGGAACGUCCUCUCAAAGAGCAUCGCUCCGAUCAGACUAUAUCACGACCUUUGCGUGCUACCAAGUUAUUCGAAAGUCAAAGCAACUGGAUGGAUUCCUCCAUGUGUCAUGGAGAUUAUUUCCAACCAGUGACUCGUCUAAGCCCUUCAGAAACCGGAUAUUUAAGUGGCGGUAAAAAGCCCUCCAUGGUUCAUAGGAGGAAUUCCACAUCGUUCUCAACGGUCACUAUAGGAGGUGAUAUGGACUACGGGUAUGGUAAGACGGUCAAUCAACGACAUGGAGUCAUAACUGCUAGUGCGCUGAUGGAUUUACGUACCAGCAUACGAUAAGUGACGCUUUCGAAGAGUUUGGAUAACUUUUUCCGGUAUUUACAUGGUUAUGUAAAUGUUAAUUGAUUUUGUAAACGUAGGAGAAUUUUGAAAUCUUGUUCUGAUAUUUAAUGGCAUAUGGCCUGAAGUGUAACAUUCAACUUUAUAGGUAAUAACUAAUAAAAAAUCUUCGCAUGUCGUUGACGUUGAAGUGAAUGUUAUUUUGGUUACUCUUUUGAUUUAUAUUAUGGAAUUUCUGGAUAAUUAACGCACAGUUGUUCCUGUCUAUACUCUGUAUCUUUAGGUAUUUAAAUAAAAGUAAACAAAUAAUUUGUACGUUUUCGGGUAGUUAUAACAUUCAUUGGUUAACCAACCAAAUACAAAACCACCUGGAUCUGUCACUGAACGACCUGACUUUAACCUACAUUAUUUAAUUUUGAUAAUGUUUUCAUGUACCCUCAAUUGGCUUCAGGAGCCAUUUGAGGGUAGAUUUUGUUUACUUUUAUUUAAAUACCUGAAUAUACAGACUAUAAGAAGUCAUAUUUAUGAUUUUGUAGGUAGAAAGGUACCUAUCAUUGUUCAACUACUAUGCUAUGGGUCAAAACCUAAGUCCUUCCAAAGUAGUACUAGGUACACAUAAUGUUCCUAUGAAAUCUCAUUUAUACAUCGAAUAUUUAUGUAAUUAAUUUUAUUACUUGUUGCAUGAAUUAUUGUUUUAAUUUAAUUUAUUGAAGUUAUGUACCGAAUAUUCUUUCAGAUGUGAUAAUUUCUAGUCAUAAUUUCGAUAUUAAAACUAGAUCUAUGAAAGCACAAAAUCAACUUAUAAUAAUUUGUCCAUAACAUUAUUGCAAUCUAGUUUAAAACACCUUAGAUAUGUAUAAAUAGGACUCAAUGUGCAUCGUACGUAACGUUUAAUAUUUGUAAUUUUUCAUGGCAAAAUAUGCAUACAUUUGGAAUAAAAGGAAAUACUGGCGGUUUUCUACAGAACGGGACGUCUAGGCAUAGGAAUACCAUUUAUACCUCUAUUAUUCUAAAUUGUAUUGAUAAAGAAUGGCUUUCACACCAUUUUUAUGUAAAAGCCUGGGGGCCGAUUUUUUAAAUUCGACCGCUCGAUUUAUUGUAUUUCGUUCAAUAAUAUCUCCACUACUAGGCAUUUAAAUUCUACUAAUAGAAUUGAAAACGAGUGUUCAAUACCACUAGAUUCCCAAUUUCUAUCGCUCGUAUUUCAAAAAUUAGCAUUUCGCCGUUUCCCACAGAUUUUUGAGUGACGAAAUCGAACGAUCGAAAUUCAAAAAUCGGCCCCCUGACCAGGAAAAUAUGAUCACGCGCCAUUUUGGCGAAUUUCACUGGAACUAUUUUUUUAAUACUAAACUGAACUGUCACCCUGUACAAUGAGAAUAACAGCGCCCUCUUGACAAUGAUCAGGCUUUUAUUAUCAGACACAUAUAUAUAUAUAUAUAUAUAUAUAUAUAUAUAUAUAUAUAUAUAUAUAUAUAUAUAUACACCGUGUUUUUUUUGAUUUCCGUUAAUUUCAAGGAUGCAUACCUGAGCUUAAAUCAAGUAACUUUCCCAAAGACACCGAUAUUCUAAUUAACUCCAUUUCGAAGAUAAUAAAUAUUUUAUUUUUUUCCUAUAAGGCCUCUACAAGCUUGUACACUUGCCUUAAGGCCGGUUUACAUAUUGAUUAGUGUUUAGAAUGAGUUCAUACAUUUGCUACUAAACUUAAGUAAAAUCUCGGUCGAUCGAUGUUCGAAUUGACAUUGAUAUGUCACAGAUUUCAAUUGUUUGGUUUAGUUAAAUGUAAUGCCCGUGUUACAACAACGCUAUAUGCUACAUUUAAUUACUUUUUAAUAUUAAUUUUUCUGAAAAAAAAAGCAAAAAAAUAUUUUUUUUUUUCAAAAUUAAAUAUGCCAUUUAGUUUUCUUAAACGUACUUAACCAUACCCCGAAGUUAACGGAAUUCAAUAAAAACACGGUGUAUAUAUAUAUAUCCAACCCAAUACUAAAAAUUACAUUUUAAGUUAUUCGUGAUUUUUAGGGAAGCGCUAAAUACCAUACCUACUGCCAAGAGUACCUAUAUUCAUGUAGGCUAAAAAAUAGCUAAAUUCUUUAGUAAUAAAUUAUAUGUAUACUUAACUAUCUAUAUUUUGACAAAUGGUGUGUAAACACAAAAGUAAAUCUAAUUAAGGUCAAUGUGGCUAAUUCCGUCAUAGGCACUAUUCCGUCCACGAGCGUAUAUUUCUUUUAUUUUCAAUCGUACGAAAAAAACCCAUUUGCUUUUGAUUGUUGAAACUAAAAGCAAUCGCUGCUUUUCGACGAAAUUAUCAAUGUUCGUCGGUCGAGAAAAACGCUAGAAGACGGAAUAGACCCUAUGACGGAAUUAGCCACAUUGACCUUAGGUAUAAUACUUUGUUGAACCGCCAGUUUUCUUUUACACACAUGCUCAAUUUAAAUUGUCACGUGAUUAUAUCAAGCGGGUCCGCACAGAAAGAGCAGUUUCGGAAGGAAAUUGCCGUGCGAGGCAACUUAGUUUCUGAAGACUUGCUUCACCCGAGGCGGACGCUCGGCCACGAUGCCUCGCGAGGCAGCUCCUUCUGUUUAGGCCUGUGCAAUAAGCAUUGAUAUACACAAACGCUCAAUCUACAACUUAACGUAAAAUUUAAAAUAUUGGAGGUAUCUUUGUAUUUUAAUGUAACCUUAAUUGAAUUGUCUCUCGAGCAAAGCCGAUAAGUCGAGAUAUUUUUUUCACUCCACCUUAUAAAAGAAAGUCCCCCGCCGCGUCUGUCUGUUUGUGUGUUUGUAUGUUCGCGAUAAACUCAAAAACUACUGAACGGAUUUUCAUGCGGUUUUCACCUAUCAAUAGAGUGAUUUUUGAGGAAGGUUUAGGUGUAUAAAUUGUUAACCCGUGCGAAGACGGGGCAGGUCGCUGGUACAGUAUAAUUCCAAUUUGAAAAAACCCAUUUGUUCAACCUACAGGGUUUGACCGCUCAUUCCCCGAUAUGACAAACUGAAUCCCACGCGGACAGAUCCGUAGGCACAGCUGUUAGAUUUUGAUGAUAUUACCUCUGCCUCUGUCUCUUGAGAGCCUCUAUUCUAAACUAAACUCCAUUAAUUGUAGUUUGUUUAGCUAGAAUUGUAUCUAGGCCAUUGAAAACCGCCUAGGGGUUGGUCUGUGCCCCUGGCGCUUUGGGCGUCUCUUAUAAGGAGCGUGCAUAAACUAUGAUAGGGGGCAGCACAGGAGCCGUCAGGUUUUUGGCGCGACGCGUAAAUGUGAAGUUUAAGCUUCUGGUGUAGCCCACAAGGUGGCAGAACCACAAGAAAACGCACGAGAACGGUAGAUGGUAGUACUAGCUUUGGCAAUGUACUCACAUGUUUAUGUUUCCGAUUCAGGCCACAAGAUGGCAGACCCUCCAACGCGGACGGUCCCUAUAGGAAAAUUCUAUUGAUGAAGUUUCAUUUCGUAAGACUCCAAAAAUAUCUUGCUAACAUUGAGUAAGUUGUGGAGGCUUUCAAUUAAGUAACUUGUAACUUAUUUGUAACUUUGCGAUGACGAUUUUGUAUGUAUUUACAUGUAUGAUAAAAUAAAUGAUCGAACU